AGGAAGUGGGAACUGUCCCGGGGUUUCAGGCUCCAACGCCCGCCCCAUCAAGAUGUGGCACCUCAAACUCUUAGCAGUGCUCAUGGUCUGCCUGUUGCUGUCGGGCCAGGCAGAUGGCUCCCCAGUGUGGCAACUGAGUUCACCGAAGAAAAGGCUGCGGAGAAUGACCCCAUUUUGGAGAGGGGUUUCCCUCAGGCCCAUUGGGGCCUCCUGCCGGGACGAUUCGGAGUGUGUCACCAGGCUAUGCAGAAAGAGACGCUGUUCCCUAAGCGUGGCCCAGGAGUGACGCACGGACAAGGGGAGAGGACAGCACUCACAGCCACACUCUGUUCUAUGGACACUGGCUCACUGCACACUGGCUAGAGACACUUGGGUGAAGCCAUCUCGUGUUUUUAAUAUUUAAAGACAGAUGUUUGCUUCAAAUUGGUCUUCGUUUCUUUUUAGAGUGUUGAUGUUUUGAUGACUGUAUCUUAACUUGUCAAUUUAGAGUUUAUUUUUCUACGUAUACUAUUAAACGCCUCAAACGUGAAA